CUAUGGGGGACCCCACACAUGGGCUGUGAAGCUACCUCAUGACACCAGGACGGGAGAAUCUUAAUUCUCAAUCUCCUUCCUCCUCCUCCCCUGCCUCACCAGAUGUACAUAUACAUCCAUGGCGACAGGCUUGCCUCCCAGCAGAAGCAAAGCUUCUUGGGCUUAUCUGCUUGCUGGUGAGCGGCAGAUUACAGAGGAAGAGGAGAUUGCCCUUGUUGAUCCGCAGGGAGGUCUGGAGAUUCUGAAUAGAGGCAAGAGACAGCCUCACAAUUAAGCAAAAGGGAUCAGCAUGAACCUUCACCAAGACAUGGAGAGGGAGCAGAUGAGGAUGGCCAUCCUGAAACAAGAGCAAAUCUUCAGACAGCAGGUUCAUGAGCUGCAUCGGUUGUACCAUGUUCAGAAGCAGCUGAUGCAGCAGAUGCCAACUACCGCGUUGCCGAAUCGAGCUCCGGUGAUCGCCGACGUCAAGCCGAAACCGCAGCUGGACAUUUGGCACAGCGAGAAGGCUACAAAUCCUCAGCAAUUCAUCAGCUUCUCGAGCUACAAGGCGCAUGCCCCUUCACCUGCCCCUGCUCCUGCUCCUUCAGAGGAAUGCAACCUUGAGCUGACACUAGCAACCGGCCCUAGCAGCAGCAACAGCUGCAACGCUGAGAGGCAGCAGGGGAAGCGGCUCAAGUCGUCGUCCAACUCGGAUUCCGGCACGACGGCGGUGUCGUCGACGUCGACGGACUCCGAGCUGGCGCAGUUCAGGGAGGUCGACGUGACGGCGGCGAGGUUUCCCGGCGAGAGUAGGAGGAUGGAUCAGAUGGGGCAAGGUCCAUGGAUGUACCAGUGCUUGAGCCUGAAGACGGCAUGAUGGUGUGAUGACUUUGGUAUGUAGGACUGGGUUUGUAGAUUUCAGAGGGAGACAGAGCACAUGUUUGGUACAUGCACAAUUGUACAUCACAGAGGUGAUUUGUUGCAGCAAACUGGUAAUGAUCGACUUGAUAAUUUCUAUGAACAUACUAACUGAAAAAUGCAAAGCCAUACUGA